GAAGAGCUACAGGAGAUCAACCAGUUUGUAGGACCUAUAGAGAAAUUCUUCGCUGAAGAAGGUAUAGUUAUUAGUUUUCUACUUGCGUAAGUGAUUUAGUGCUUACAGAGUGUUUUAACUGUAGGUGUUAAAUAAGAUUAUUAAAAUUUACAUGUAAAGUUACUUUAUGCAUGUGUUUCCAGAAGUAUAGUACUGCUGAUGAUACAGGCAUGUUAAUUUAUGGCUUCUUUGUAUGCGUUUUUGGAUGCUGUUGAGAAGAAAUAAAUCUUAAAAAAAUGAAAAGAACCAGGGGAGUUGAAGGGAUUUGGAGGUAGGAUUUGAAAUGGUGUUUGUCUGCAUAUUGCCAUUUACCACUUGAUAUAUUGUGAGUUUUUUGUGACGCGUUUUACUUGUUGUAGUGUACUAAACCUAUUCUCAGCAAAAUCCACUAUAAUUAUUCAUAAAUGGUAACUCUUUGAGAAGCAGUGAAAAAAUCAAAAGCAUUUAUGUAUGCUCCAGUUUUCAGGAUUGGAGCAGUAAUUCUGUUCGGAAAAGUCACAUUAGCUGUAUGCAGUCCAGAUAAGGUUGCAGAUGUUCCUUCUGUUAUUGGUGCAAUAGAUGAGCCAGUUCUACAGCAGCUGUAGAAAAUUGGUUUUUGCAAACAGCAAUCUCUGAGAUGGUUAAAAAGUGUCAUCUGGGAUUUCCUGCUGACAAAGAUAGCAGGCCUGGAUUGCCCGGCGCUGCGGGAGUUUGAAGAAGCUGUAAUGUCACAGGUGGUGAUUUAGGAGGUACAGGUAAUUUUAGCAAUAAAACUGCAACGUUCCUCACCAACAAUAAAUUACCUUACGCAGAUUAUGCAUUUUAACUCUUUGCUUUGUUGGGAAAUAACAUUUAUUCAGUAGAAAAGUGGAUAUUUAAGGGAGAAAUAAAACUAUCGGUUUAUAAAGGCUGAACAGAAGGUAGGAAUUGAUCGUCUUUGUAUUUAUAGCUGUUUCAGUGAUUAGGACAAUAUGUGGACGUGGUAUAAAAUAGAUGAGGGGAGCAGCCGUAGGUGCUUGGAAACCUGGUAUGUAUGGUUGGCACUGGGUAACCAAAGAAGUUCAGUUUAGCCAUCAUUCUAAAGCUUGGCAGUCUGUGGUACAGAGGUCUGGGUGGGUGUAACGGGGGAGGAGGGAACGAUCCCACUGUUCUUCCCCAGAAGAGCCAAUGGCACAUGCAUCUUCUACUGCACAGCUUAAAGCUGUGUGGGGGGAAAAAGAAAAAAUCAAAAAUGUCUUUCCUUUCUGAAUGACUUCACUAAGAGGAGGAUCAGAAUGCUUGGCUGCAUACAUCUGUUAUAUUUCAUACAGAAAUUACAGCAGCAUUUAAGCAGGGCGAAUGGGAAGUUCCUUUAGGAACACACUGCUGCUUUUGCAGAGUUACUUUUUUCUCAGUGCUCUCUGGAAAGUUGGCAUACAUUCCUUUUGCUGUAGCUGACACCUUCAGCUGCCUACUGUGAUUCUGGUAUAUUCUCCUUGUCACUGUACAGAACUGCUGUGGUAAUUUAAAUACCUCUUAAGAACAAGAGUUGUGUAAUUAACCCAUUUCCCAUGUACAUGCCAUUCUAUGAUUUAAAAGAAAUUAUGACCGUGGUAUAGUUCAGGAAGAAAUACCUAACUUAUUCCAGUCAUUGAGUCUACUAGAGUACACAUUUGAGGUAAUGAAACAAAAAUGAGAUUUAUUCCCACUUCCAAGUCCUUUCCUCAGAUCUGUUAUGAUCUGUUCUUGGACCUUCCAGUAUGUUCUGUGUUUUGGCUUUAAUGGUGUAUGUAAUAAGGUGGGGUGAUCAGGUGGAGUGUUAGUUCCAUGGCAGAUUAGGUUGUUUUUCAGCUCAUUUCAUGAGUAAAUCUGGUGAUUCCUGAAAACCAGGAAAUAGCCUUUGGAAAAGUGAUUGCUCAAGUUAAUUUGUAGCACAUCUGUCCUGAAGGACGAAAGCUUCUUGAAAUGCUUUCUGGAAACGGAGUUGGACUUCUGGCAGGAGUAUGUAGGACUUAGUUGUGCCAUCAAUGUUCAAAGACUAGAAAGAGUGUUUUGCUUUGCUGGAAGGAGGCCUGGUUGGGGCAGCAGGCUGACUGUUGGUCUUACAGAAGCCAGCUUAGGGUUUGAGAUUUCUAGCCAUGAGGGGAUGGAGGUAAAGAGAAUGGUUCAUAAGAUCAGGCUAAACCUAGAAAAAAUAACUCUUGUGAUAUUAGGGAUGAGACAUACGUAAGUAUGUGGUGCAACAAGCACAAUAUUACUAAGCUUCAGAAGUCUGUAGGGUAAUAAUUAGCAGGGAGAGGCGUGCUGUUCCCGCAGCUCUCUUUUCUGCAGGCUAUUUCAGUUCUUCUCUAGCUGGUAUUUAGGUGAGAGGGCACAGUGCUGUGGACUCCAAGAAGAUUGAUCAAGAUGCAAAAAUCCCACCUGAAACUUUGAAAGGACUGAGGGAGCUGGGUCUGUUUGGCAUGCAGAUUCCAGAGGAAUAUGGUGGUCUUGGACUAUCGCACACCAUGUAUGCACGGCUGGGAGAAAUCACCUCAUUAGAUGGAUCCAUCGCAGUUACUCUGGCAGCUCACCAGGCUAUCGGGCUGAAGGGAAUCCUGAUUGCUGGCACUGAUGAGCAGAAAGCCAAGUACCUGCCUAAGCUGGCCUCUGGGGAGCACAUUGCUGCUUUUUGUCUCACUGAACCUGGAAGUGGAAGUGAUGCUGCAUCCAUCCAGACAAGAGCAACCCUCAGUGAAGAUGGGAAAUACUUCUUAUUAAAUGGCUCCAAGGUUUGGAUAUCGAACGGCGGCCUUGCUAGUAUUUUCACAGUGUUUGCUAGGACAGAGAUUAUUGAGAAGGAUGGACAAGUAAAAGACAAAAUUACUGCUUUCAUCGUAGAGCGAGAUUUUGGUGGAGUCACCAGUGGGAAACCUGAGGAUAAGUUAGGCAUUCGAGGCUCCAAUACCUGUGAAGUGAAUUUUGAAAACACUAAAGUGCCUAUAGAGAACGUACUUGGACAAAUAGGAGGAGGAUUUAAGGUUGCCAUGAAUAUCCUGAACAGUGGGAGAUUCAGCAUGGGCAGUGCAUCUGCUGGAAUGAUUAAAAAAUUGAUAGAAAUGACAGCGGAGCAUGCUUGUACCAGGAAACAAUUCAAUAAGAAACUGAGCGAAUUCGGAUUAAUUCAGGAGAAGUUUUGUUUUAUGGCUGUGAAAGCGUACGUAAUGGAGAGCAUGGCUUACCUCACUGCAGGGAUGAUGGACAGGCCAGGCUUCCCAGACUGCUCCGUGGAGGCAGCCAUGGUCAAGGUGUUCAGUUCUGAAGGUGCGUGGGCUUGUGUAAGUGAAGCUCUGCAGAUCCUUGGAGGCCUCGGCUAUAUGAAGGAUUACCCCUAUGAACGCUAUCUCAGAGAUUCCAGGAUACUGCUCAUUUUUGAGGGAACAAAUGAAAUUCUGCGAAUGUACAUCGCUCUGACGGGGAUGCAGCACGCAGGCAAAAUCUUAACUGACAAAAUUAAAGAAAUCAAAAAAGGAAAUGUAGGAUUGGCACUGCAGGAGUUGGUGAACAAAGUACGGGACACAACGGGCAGAAAAGUGGAUUACGGGAUCAUGGAAGAACGUGGUGGAUUGGUGCAUCCCAGCCUCCAGGACAGUGGCAAGAAACUUGAAGAAAAUGUUUAUUACUUUGGAACUACAGUGAGAGGCCUACUCACUCGGUUUGGCAAGACAAUAGUGGAUGAGCAGUUGGCUCUGAAGAGAGUGGCAGAUAUAGUUAUUAAUUUGUAUGCAAUGACAGCAGCUAUUUCCAGAGCGAGCCGGUCCAUCAGCAUUGGCCUCAGAAACCACGACCAUGACGUGCUUCUUACAAAUAUCUUCUGCAGCGAAGCAUAUUUCAAGAAUAAUUACGCCAUGGCUCAACUGCAGAAAUAUGCAGAUGAAAAUCUGGAUGACCACAUUAAAAAGGCUGCAAAGCAGAUACUGGAAAAGAGAGCUUAUAUCUGUUCCCACCCACUGGACAGGACAUUCUAAUUACUUAAUUGACAGCUAAAAUUGAGGAAUGUAACACGAACAGCAACUAUUUUUCUGCAGUUCAAGUAUUUGACACCUUAAAAAUAACUGUUCCAUGAGUUUACAAAAUGUAAUUAGCUGCAUCUGUGUAAAAUAGGACUAAAACCAAUUUCAUAUAAAGAGGAUAAAGAAAGAAAUUAAUGUAAUCUUCAAGUUCUAUUUUUAGACAUAUGUCUGUUAUCUUUGAUGCCAAAUAAAAAUCAAUUGAGAUUCA